AUGAAGAACGACUGGGCCGGGUUUUCUGAAAGCAACUCGGUCUGGAGGGAUAGCCUCAAGAACAAUUUGCACAAUGAAAUCAUCCAACAACUUGAGAAUCGAGAGUCAAAGAUUGUUAACCUUGAAGAGACGCUACACCGAGUUUCUCAUGAAUGGUCUCAGAAGCUCGAAGGUCUGAGAUCAUCUAUGCUCAAAAAUGGCCAACAGGCCGAAAAAGAUCUACAAAUGUCCAUCCGCGAAAUCAGAGAGACUCUCGACAAAAGGUUUCAGGAGCAGAGUGCUGCAUCUCAGGACGAUAUCUCGAAAUCAGAAUCCAUUCGCUCCACGAUAGAAGCACAUCUUGAGCAAGUCCGGCGGCAACUGGAAUCCGUUUCAUCGGGCAACCCCGAGUCCCAGCUUCUACGCGAGGCGUUACUUGAGGAGCAGCGAUGCUGGCACUAG